AGCCGAAUGUACCAUGGACAGAUCCAAUGAGACCGCCCCCCUGUCCGGCUUCAUUCUCCUGGGCCUCUCCGCCCACCCAAAGCUGGAGAAAACCUUCUUCGUGCUCAUCCUGCUGAUGUACCUGGUGAUCCUGCUGGGCAAUGGGGUCCUCAUCCUGGUGAGCAUCCUCGACUCCCACCUACACACACCCAUGUACUUCUUCCUGGGGAACCUCUCCUUCCUGGACAUCUGCUACACCACCUCCUCUGUCCCCCUCAUUCUGGACAGCUUCCUGACCCCCAGGAAGACCAUCUCCUUCUCAGGCUGUGCCGUGCAGAUGUUUCUGUCCUUUGCCAUGGGAGCCACAGAGUGUGUGCUCCUGAGUAUGAUGGCGUUUGAUCGUUAUGUGGCCAUCUGCAACCCCCUUAGAUACCCUGUGGUCAUGAACAAGGCUGCCUAUGUGCCCAUGGCUGCCGGUUCCUGGGCCGGUGGUAUCACUAAUUCUGUAGUGCAGACAUCUUUGGCAAUGCGGCUGCCCUUUUGUGGGGACAAUGUCAUCAAUCACUUCACCUGUGAGAUCCUGGCAGUCCUGAAACUGGCCUGUGCUGACAUCUCCAUCAAUGUCAUCAGCAUGGUUGUGGCCAACAUGAUCUUCUUGGCAGUCCCAGUCCUCUUCAUCUUUGUCUCCUAUGUCUUCAUCCUUGUGACAAUCCUGAGGAUCCCCUCUGCUGAGGGGAGGAAGAAGGCCUUCUCCACCUGCUCUGCCCACCUCACCGUGGUNNUNGUCUUCUAUGGGACCAUCCUCUUCAUGUACGGGAAGCCCAAGUCCAAGGACCCACUGGGGGCAGACAAGCAGGACCUUGCAGACAAGCUCAUCUCCCUCUUCUAUGGAGUGGUGACCCCCAUGCUGAACCCCAUCAUCUACAGCUUGAGAAACAAGGAUGUGAGGGCCGCUGUGAGGAACCUGGUGGGCCAGAAACACCUAACUGAGUGACUGUUACAGUGCAGAACUUCCAACUUCUUCGUUGUGUUUGUGAGGGAAGAGGGAUGCAAUGAAGAGGGGCCACUUCCCCGGGGUCCAGGUAAUGAACUCAGAACUAAGACUAUAAACAAACUAUCAACGUUCCUUAGGCAUCAGUGCUUCUAGUUAACAGGCUGGAAGGACAAGCCUUUACACCUUU